GCACACUGAGUCCAGGUCCUCCUGAAGGCCACCAGCACAGCAGGGCCCUGUGUUACUGUAGAGAGAAGUCAGUUGCUUAGUUUCAGCCUCCUGCCGGCACCAGAUGCUGACCGGGCCCUCCCAGGCGCUGCUGAACUCCUUAUCUGUGGACCCUGAUGCCGAGUGCAAGUAUGGCCUGUACUUCAGAGACGGCCGGCGCAAGGUGGACUACAUCCUGGUGUACCAUCACAAGAGGUCCUCGGGCAGCCGGACCCUGGUCAGGAGGGUGCAGCACAGUGACACCACCUCUGGGGCUCGCAGCGUCAAGCAGGACCACCCCCUGCCGGGCAAGGGGGCACCGCUGGACACGGGCUCGGCCGAGCCCCCGAUGGACUACCACGAGGAUGACAAGCGCUUCCGCAGGGAGGAGUAUGAGGGCAACCUCCUGGAGGCGGGCCUGGAGCUGGAACGGGAUGAGGACACCAAAAUCCAUGGAGUGGGGUUUGUGAAAAUCCACGCGCCCUGGAACGUGCUGUGCAGAGAGGCCGAGUUUCUGAAACUGAAGAUGCCGACGAAGAAGAUGUACCACAUUAAUGAGACCCGUGGCCUCCUGAAAAAAAUCAACUCUGUGCUCCAGAAACUCACAGACCCCAUCCAGCCCAAAGUGGCCGAGCACAGGCCCCAGACCAUGAAGAGACUCUCCUAUCCCUUCUCCCGGGAGAAGCAGCAUCUGUUUGACCUGUCUGAUAAGGAUUCAUUUUUUGACAGUAAAACCCGGAGUACGAUUGUCUAUGAGAUCUUGAAGAGAACGACGUGUACCAAGGCCAAGUACAGCAUGGGCAUCACGAGCCUGCUGGCCAAUGGCGUGUACGCAGCUGCAUACCCACUGCACGAUGGAGACUACGAGGGUGAAAACGUGGAGUUCAACGACAGAAAACUCCUGUACGAAGAGUGGGCGUGUUACGGGGUCUUCUAUAAGUACCAGCCCAUCGACCUGGUCAGGAAGUACUUUGGGGAGAAGAUUGGCCUGUACUUCGCCUGGCUGGGCGUGUACACCCAGAUGCUCAUCCCUGCCUCCAUCGUGGGAAUCAUUGUCUUCCUGUACGGAUGUGCCACCGUGGACGAAAACAUCCCCAGCAUGGAGAUGUGUGACCAGAGACAAAAUAUCACCAUGUGCCCACUUUGCGACAAGACCUGCAGCUACUGGAAGAUGAGCUCAGCCUGCGCCACGGCCCGCGCCAGCCACCUCUUCGACAACCCCGCCACCGUCUUCUUCUCUGUCUUCAUGGCCCUCUGGGCUGCCACCUUCAUGGAGCACUGGAAGCGGAAACAGAUGCGGCUCAACUACCGCUGGGACCUCACGGGCUUCGAGGAGGAGGAGGAGGCUGUCAAGGAUCAUCCCAGAGCUGAAUAUGAAGCCAGAGUCUUGGAGAAGUCUCUGAAGAAAGAGUCCAAAAACAAAGAGAAGCGCCGGCAUAUCCCAGAGGAGUCAACAAACAAAUGGAAGCAGAGGGUUAAGACAGCCAUGGCGGGGGUGAAAUUGACUGACAAAGUGAAGCUGACCUGGAGAGAUCGGUUCCCAGCCUACCUCACCAACUUGGUCUCCAUCAUCUUCAUGAUUGCAGUGACUUUUGCCAUCGUCCUUGGCGUCAUCAUCUACAGAAUCUCCAUGGCCGCCGCCUUGGCCAUGAACUCCUCCCCCUCCGUGCGGUCCAACAUCCGGGUCACAGUCACAGCUACUGCGGUCAUCAUCAACCUAGUGGUCAUCAUCCUCCUGGAUGAGGUGUACGGCUGCAUAGCCCGGUGGCUCACCAAGAUCGAGGUCCCGAAGACGGAGAAAAGCUUCGAGGAGAGGCUGAUCUUCAAGGCUUUCCUGCUGAAGUUUGUGAACUCCUACACCCCCAUCUUUUACGUGGCGUUCUUCAAAGGCCGGUUUGUCGGACGCCCAGGCGACUACGUGUACAUUUUCCGUUCCUUCCGAAUGGAAGAGUGUGCGCCAGGAGGCUGCCUGAUGGAGCUAUGCAUCCAGCUUAGCAUCAUUAUGCUGGGGAAACAGCUGAUCCAGAACAACCUGUUCGAGAUUGGCAUCCCGAAGAUGAAGAAGCUCAUCCGUUACCUGAAGCUGAAGCGGCAGAGCCCCCCUGACCACGAGGAGUGUGUGAAGAGGAAGCAGCGGUAUGAGGUGGAUUACAACCUGGAGCCCUUCGCGGGCCUCACCCCAGAGUACAUGGAAAUGAUCAUCCAGUUUGGCUUUGUCACCCUGUUUGUCGCCUCCUUCCCCCUGGCCCCGCUGUUUGCGCUGCUGAACAACAUCAUUGAGAUCCGCCUGGACGCCAAAAAGUUUGUCACUGAGCUCCGAAGGCCGGUGGCUGUCAGAGCCAAAGACAUCGGAAUCUGGUACAAUAUCCUCAGAGGCAUUGGGAAGCUUGCUGUCAUCAUCAAUGCCUUCGUGAUCUCCUUCACGUCUGACUUCAUCCCGCGCCUGGUGUACCUCUACAUGUACAGUAAGAACGGGACCAUGCAUGGCUUCGUCAACCACACGCUCUCCUCCUUCAACGUCAGCGACUUCCAGAACGGCACAGCCCCCAAUGACCCCCUGGACCUGGGCUACGAGGUGCAAAUCUGCAGGUACAAAGACUACCGAGAGCCACCGUGGUCGGAAAACAAGUACGACAUCUCCAAGGACUUCUGGGCUGUCCUGGCAGCCCGGCUGGCGUUCGUCAUCGUCUUCCAGAACCUGGUCAUGUUCAUGAGCGACUUCGUGGACUGGGUCAUCCCAGAUAUCCCUAAGGACAUCAGCCAGCAGAUCCACAAGGAGAAGGUGCUCAUGGUGGAGCUGUUCAUGCGGGAGGAGCAAGACAAGCAGCAGCUACUGGAAACCUGGAUGGAGAAGGAGCGGCAGAAGGACGAGCCGCCGUGCAACCACCACAACCCCAAAGCCUGCCCAGACAGCCUCAGCAGCCCAGCCCCCAGCCAUUCCUACCACGGGGGCGUCCUGUAGCUGUGCCAGCGGGGCUGGGCAGGCCAGCCGGGCAUCCCGACUGACAGGCACCCUCUCCCAGGGGCAGGUGGCUUCCCGCUCCCGCCAGGGCCCGGUGGGUCCUGGGUUUUCUGCAAACAUGGAGGACCACUUUCUGAUAGGACAUUUUCCUUUCUUCUUUCUGUUUUCUUUCCCUUGUUUUUGCACAAAGCCAUUAUGCAGGGGAUUGUUUUUAAUCUGUAGUAUUCAAGAUGAAUCAAAAUGAUGGCUGGUAAUAGCGCAAUAAGGUAACAAAGGCAGAUGCUUUGCAGAAAGAAUGCUUGGAAUCUUCAGUCUCCCUAGCAGUGAAAAGUGAGCAGAGGCCCCUAGAAACCCUCCUCUGAAUCCUCCUAAUUCCUUAAGAUAGAUGCAAAAUGGUAAGCCGAGGCAUCGGGCAAAAGCUGGUGUGAUGUUUCAGGGAAAAUGGAAACCCCAACCAAAAAUAAUGAUUGAUUCUGGUUCCAAAAGGUGUCACCUGCCUGUUUCAGAAAAGUUAGACUUUCCAUUGCCUUUUCCUCCCGUCAGUUCAGCGGCUGAGAGAGAAGUGCCCCAUCCCUGAACCACACAGGGGGCGUGGGAGCAUCCCAGUUAUUCCUGGAAAGCGAGAAGGGGGCACAGGUGUCCCUGAUUAAGCAGGAACCAGCACCCUUGGCAUCCCCGGCAGGCUCCCCGCUGUCAGCCACACACCUGCCCCCCUCACACCAAGCUGACCUCAGAGUUGGUCGUCUUCCUUAUGGGACAAAACCAGUUGACCAGAAAAUGGGCAGAGAGAGAGGACCUCAGAAGCAUUAAAACAGAUGGUGUCAGGGUUUCAAGAAGUCUUAGGGCUUCCAGGGGUCCCCUGGAAGCUUUAGAAUAUUUAUGGGUUUUUUUUUUCAAGUAUCAAUUAUAUGGUAGAUUGAGGAUAUUUUUUCUGCAGCUCAAAGGUGGAGGGAGUUUAUUAGUUAACCGAAUAGCGUUGAGAGGAAUUUAAAAUACUGUUACUACCAAAGAAUUUUAUUAAUAAAGCCUUCUAUUUUGGUAACACUUCUCUAUAUUUUUACUCAUAGGAAUGUCACUGUUGGACAAUUAUUUUAAAAGUGUAUAAACCAAGUCUCAUAAAUGAUAUGAGUGAUCUAAAUUUGUAGCAAUGAUACUAAACAACUCUCUGAAAUUUCUCGAGCACCGAGAGAAACAUCAUUUUAGCAAAGGCCAAGAGGAAAAACAGAAAUAUAUUUGUCUCGAACACAUCAUUGAUGUGAUGUUGACAUUCCCUUUAAUCUGCCAACUGUGAUCAAAGUUCAUAGGUGUCAUAGAUUUCCAUUAUUUGCUAAAAUCAUGCAAUCUGAUGCUUCUCUUUUCUCUUGUACAGUAAGUAGUUUGAAAUGGGUUUUGUAUAUAAAUACUGUAUUAAAAAUUAGGCGAUUACCAAAAAUCCUUUUAUGGAAACCGUUUUUUAAAAAAGUGAAUGUACACAAAUCCACAGAAGACUGUGGCUGGACAUUCAUCUAAAUAAAUUUGAAUAUACGACA